CAACCAUAAGUCGCCAAUUUUGAACGGCCGCGUAUCGUGGAAGGCGUCUUCUACCUCGAAAAGGUGGAGACUUGCGGAGAUUCGAUCGCUCUUGAUUUGGUGGCGAGUCUUGUCAAGGGAGAGAUGGCCGCUUGAGGGCUCAGAUUGCCGAAUUGUAGGUGUACGAAGUAGGGCGGGGGUGAAAUUUCUGAGGCAGGACCGCGAUUCGGAGAAGUUUCUUCGAUUUGUGCCUCAUCUUGUUAAGUUUUGUCGGAAAAGGUUGGAUCUUGCACUGUAAGGCUGAGUCGCUUUUGCUCCCUUUGGAGUUCUGUUUGGAAGCCAACUUCAAUUUCACAUUUCCCCUUUGAUUGGCGGAUCCUUCGGGUGCUUCUGGUAGAAUUUGAAGGGGAAAGUAGGUUUUUUUUUCUGGUUCUCUUGUUAAUUUUUGAGCCUUUGUUCAUCUCGUUAUUAGUUCAAUUCGUUAUUAUUAAAGUUUGUUUCGUUUUGUGUCUCUGUGUGUAUUAUUUGAGAAGCGAAUCAUUUUAGUUGCAAAAGAAGAACUAGGGUUUGAUUGAAGUUGUGGAAAUAAGAAUGGGUAAAUCGGCUGUCAUGAAGAAAUCUUCAGGAGGAAAACAUAGUGAUGCGAAUUCACAGCACAGAAAAUCCAGCGAGAACAGCCCCAGAGUCUUCGACGAGGAUACCACAAUCUUUAUGGACAUGGCUCGUGAUAUGAAAGAGGAGGGCAAUGCACUGUUCCAGAAGAGGGAGUAUGAGAGAGCAUUGCUGAAGUACGAGAAAGCCAUUAAGCUGCUUCCAAAGAACCAUAUUGACAUUGCCAACCUCCACAGCAACAUGGCAGCUUGUUUUAUGCAGAUGACCCCGAAGGAGUACCAACAUGCCAUUAAUGAGUGUAAUCUAGCUCUCGAGGUAUCACCCAAGUACAGUAAGGCACUUCUGAAGAGAGCCAAGUGUUUUGAAGCCUUGAACAUGUUAGAGUUGGCUCAUAGAGAUGUUGAUAUAGUUUUGAGUAUGGAGCCAAACAACCUGACAGCAUUGGAGAUUUUUGAACGUGUGAAAAAGGAAAUGGAGAAAAUAGGUGUUGUGCUUGAUGAGAAGGCAGUUUAUCCACUGCCAGAGUCUCUUACAGUGAAACAAAAAACAAAGAAGAAGAAGAAAAAGAGCCACAAGUCUGAGGAGGUGGUUUUGUUUGUAAAGGAGAAACAUGAUGUAGUCAAGGAAGAACCUAUCAAGAAUGUGAAGUUAGUUUUUGGGCAAGACAUAAGGUUGGCGCAAGUGCCUGGUAACUGCACAUUGUUGCGAUUGAGAGAAAUUGUUGGCAAUAAAUUUCCAGGCUUAAAGGCCGUUCUGAUCAAGUAUAUGGAUAAAGAGGGGGAUUUGGUGACAAUCACUACAAAUGAGGAACUGAGAUGGGCUGAAGAAUCUGCAGAAUCACAGGGGUCUAUGAAGCUCUAUAUUGUAGAAGUUUCACCUGAUUUGGAACCUUUAUUUGAAGAGUCGAAAACCAUAUCAUGUGUGAGGACAUCAAAUAGGGAUGAUACUGGUAUCCAUGAAACUGGGAGCAUCAAAUGUGAGGAUGACAAGGCAUCUUCAGUAGCCAUUGAUGACUGGAUUGCUCAAUUUGCUCAGUUAUUGAAGGACCAUAUUGGUUUUGAAUCAGAUGGUUACAUGAACCUUCAUGAGUUAGGAAUGAACCUGUUUUCAAAGGCAAUUGAGGAGGCUGUCACAAGUGAAGAAGCACAAGAAAUUUUUGAACUUGCUGAGGUGAAGUUCCAGGAGAUGACAGCACUGGCUUUGUUUAACUGUGGAAACGUGCAUAUGUCUCAAGCAAGGAAACAGUUAUCUUUGUCAGAAAAUGCUUCAGGAGAAUCAAUACUUGUAGAGGUCAGACUUGCAUAUGAGGGGGCUCAAACUGAAUAUGCUAAAGCUGGAAGGAGUUACUAUGAAGCUCUGAAAGUUAAGCCAAACUUCUUUGAAGGUCUUAUUGCCCUUGCACUUCAACAGUUUGAGCAAGCAAAGCUUUCAUGGUCAUAUGCGAUUGGAAGCAAGGAAGAUCUAGAGAAAUGGCCUUCAUCAGAAGUUAUUGAGUUAUUCGACCAAGCCGAGGAUAACAUUGAAAAGGGAACAGAGAUAUGGGAAGAUAUGGAAGAACAACGACAGGAAAUAUCUAAGUCCGGUAGGGAGAAAACCUUGCUGCAAAAGAUGGGUUUGGGAAACUACCAUGUAGAACUCUCAACAGAUGAGAUUGCAGAACUGAACUCAAACAUGAGAUCACAAAUAAAUAUACUAUGGGGGACCAUUCUUUAUGAGCGUUCUGUUGUGGAAUUUAAAUUAGGUGUUCCAAUGUGGGAAGAUUGCCUCAUGGCAGCAGUAGAAAAAUUCAAACUGGCCGGUGCUUCACCGACUGACAUUGCUGUUAUGAUGAAAAACCAUUGUGCACAUGAGACUGCCCAAGAAGGAUUAGGAUUCAAGAUUGAUGAGAUAGUUCAAGCGUGGAAUGAGAUGUAUGAUGCAAAAAAGUGGACGAGUGGUGUUCCAUCAUUUAGACUUGAACCUUUACUUCAGCGGCGAUUGCCAAAGUUGCACCAGGAUUUGGAGUAUCUCUGAUUUGUGAUUCGCUGCCAGCAUUAGUUCAGAAUUAUAGGGCUUGUUGAGAGCACAAAAAUAUUUUUGUCCAUUGUCUGUGUUUCAUAUAGGAAUUGUUCAUCCAUUGUCGUAUGCUGUUUCACUUGCUCUUUUGGAGAAGAGUAUGUUUUCAUAGUCGUAUAGCAGACCUCUUCACAUGGAAGAAGGUCCCAGAGUCGAGUGCUAUUUGAUUCUUGUGAAGCGUAAAUUAACCUGUUUGGGGUAAGGCCUGCCCAGUUAUUAUCCAACCACUCAUUGUAUUGGUUAAGUUAGAUUUUUCUUUUUUUUUUUUCACUUUGAUUUCUUUCCUAGUGUAUUGUAUCAAGGUUUUGUCUCAGGUCUAAAGGUUUCUGUUCUUUAUAUAUUUUCGCGACCAAGUUUCUUGAUGUAAACACACAUUUUAUUCGUGUCAGUGAUGUAUGAUUUGUGUAGGCUGAUUUUGUCUCCGUUUCUAGAACAGAGGGGGAAAACACUCAUAGAACACUGAAUUAGGCUUCUUGUCAAA